CCGCCCAUUUCGGGAAUUUUGUUUCAUGGUGUUGGUCAUUCUAUCCGUUUAUUCUAUUUCUAUGAGGAAACGUGAAAUUUAAACAGCUGAUCCUGCGACUAUUUUCUAGUGUUUUUAUUAAAUAAAUUCUGAAUUGGCUAAUUGUAAACCGACCAGUCUUAAGGCUGACCCGUGAUCAGGUAUCGCAAUAAAGAUCUAGUGCAGAAAUGUCGCAGUGCUCGUUCCAGGCGCAGUUAGUGUCCAUUAUGGACAUUGUUGCUAAAGCGGCUGUAGCAGAAAUAAAGCGGCGGGUGGAUGACAGCUGUGCGGUGAUUAAAGUGGAGCUGAGCCGUAGCAGGAAAGAUAUUGAUACACUGAAGAGGAAAUGCGUGAUGAUGGAGAAUGAACUGCGGAGGGUCAAAGGACGGGGCAGGAGGAGAGUGUGGACGUGUGGCACAUCCGAUCGGUAUCCUACUCCACUGAAGACAGUGUGUGUGACAGAUGCUGGUGCAGAUGUGAUCAGAGAUCAAGAUGACAAUACACAACAAACGACUCAUAACAUCAAACAGUCUGUAUGUGUGCUGGAUGAUGGAAUCAGAACUCCAGUGAUCAAAGAUGAAAGAUAUGAACAGGAAACAGAAAGCCGUGGAGAAGAUGCAGGGAAUAUUGAUUAUAACUACGAGCGGAACGUUCAACAUAUUCAAGCUCAGGAGAACAUGGACAAACAACAAGCACUUUUUGGAGAUCCAGAGAUCCAAAACACAUGUUUCAUGCAUGCACAGACCUCCACAGAACAUCCUGAACAGAUGAAGCUUCGUGAAGAGUGCGAGAGUGAUCUGAGACUCCAAGUGAAAGCUGAAGAAGACAACAAGGAAGAGUGUUUACAUACCGAGGAAUCUGAGUCCAACAUAAGACGACCAAGAGAUCAGCUGAGCUUUGCUCACGAGGAGAGACACACCAAACUGUUGCCUGAACAAACCCGUGACGUCCAGGUGUCACAAAACACGGGUAUCUUCCCCCAACCUGAUGUCUCAGAAGCGUCCAGAAAUAAUCUACAUCCUGUGGAGAGAAUACACAUGGAGCUUUACGAUUUUGGACAGGUAAAUAGAAGUGAUCCAAACCGCCAAACCUGGUGUAAUGAAAACACACAGGAGCGAAGUCACAUUACUCACGGUGAUAGGCUGAGCUCGGUUGGUGCCAUAUACAGGCAACAGCACCACACGACUCUGCCCACUCCGGUUGACCAUCUACACGAUGCCAACAUCACCAACCAGGUGGAAUCAGAUGCCAGUAUGCACACUAUUCCUGAGUACGGUCUUGGCACACUCGGUGCUGUCCGGCGAUUUCGGACUCACUGGCGGUCAAGUGUGGACGCAGAAAAGCGCUUCAGCUGCUCUUUUUGUGAAAAGUGCUUCAGUCGCUUCAGUCAGCUGAAGGAGCAUCUGCGCAGUCACACGGGUGAGAAACCGUUCACAUGCACACAAUGCGGCCGCAGUUUCACAAAGCAUUGCAACCUAAUCCGGCAUGCCGUAGUGCACAGCGGCGAGAAACCGUACCAGUGCGGUCAGUGCGGGAAAUGUUUCACACAACGCUCUAGUCUAAAGUCCCAUCAAAGGACACACUCAGGUGAGUGGGAUGGGCUCCCGGUGCACAGGUAACAGCAGACGCAUGCACGAUGAUCGGACACAAAACAGAAAGACGAAACACCUGAAAACAAAACAGAUGGAGAUUUGUUGAUGGACUGUAAAAUGGACAGGAUUAAAUUUUUCACUGAUAUUUGUUGUGAAGAUUUCAGUGAUUGUUGCUGUAUUUUUUACACUUUCCAGUUGUAUUUUCACAUUGUGUUUCCAAAUUAAAUUUUAUGAUGUGUGUUGAGUGUAACGUUAAUUAAUUUAUUAUGUGUCUGCAUGAAUGAAUAAAACAAUU